GCAGAGAAGCCCCCGAAACUACUUGCCGAAUUAUUUCGUAUUGCAUAUUUAAUUAAUCAGUAUUGAACUUUUUUUUCAUGCUAUGGAAAGCAGACUGCAUAAUUACUUGUGCGCAUCUGGAAAGCAAAAACGUGUUUACGGCGCCUUUGGGUGUUCGCUAGCUCGUGGGGUUGGACUGUACAUAAAUAUUUGACGUAGCUUGAAUGGCCGGUGUUUAUAUUGUCCUCAACUUUCAUUCAUACGCUUAUUCGCGUAAAACGAUAGGCUGCGCCGAGUCCGUUGGCUACUUGAGACAAAAAUCCACGUCGUCACCCCAUUGGAAAACGUGAGUGUUUGUUGCCAGCAUGGCAGAAGCUCACCAGGCUGUGGCCUUCCAGUUUACAGUCACUCCCGAUGGGAUUGACCUGCAGCUAUGCCAUGAGGCCCUACGGCAGAUCUACCUGUCUGGCCUUCACUCCUGGAAGAAGAGGUUCACUAGGUUCAAGAAUGGUGUCAUGACUGGAGUAUAUCCUGGAAGUCCUUCUGGACUCCUAGUUGUUGUUGUAGGAUACAUGUCCUAUACGAAAUACUCCAAGAUAGACCCCACAUUAGGACUCCUCACAAAACUUGGUACUCAUGUACCGGUCAGUAGAUACAUAACCACAGACGGCCAGCGUGCUGUUGGUGGAAUACUGGUUGCUACUGGGUUGUGGGUCACCAUCAUCUUUAUCAUGAGGAACGUCCUUAAGCGCCUGCUAUCCUGGCAUGGUUGGAUGAACAAUCGCCAUGGGUCCAUGUCCUUGAGCACCAAGAUUUGGCUGGUGCUGGUGAAGCUCUUCUCUGGUCGUAAGCCAAUGCUCUACAGUUUCCAGACCUCACUGCCACACUUACCUGUGCCCUCUGUAAAGGACACCAUGAAACGAUAUCUUGAAUCAGUGCGGCCCCUCAUGGAUGAUGAGCAGUACAACCGUAUGGAAGGCCUAGCAAAAGACUUUGAGAAGAACCUUGGCCCAAAACUACAGUGGUACCUAAAGCUCAAAUCCUGGUGGACUUCUAAUUAUGUCACUGAUUGGUGGGAAGAGUAUGUUUACCUUAGAGGACGUGGGCCCAUUAUGGUCAACAGCAAUUAUUAUGCCAUGGAUUUUCUGUAUGUCUUCCCUACACAUUUGCAAGCUGCCAGGGCUGGAAAUUCCAUCCAUGCUCUCAUGUUGUACAGGAGGAACUUGGACCGAGCUCAGAUCAAACCUGUUUACUUGCUGGAGAACAGAGUGCCACUAUGUUCGGCACAGUGGGAGCGGAUGUUUAACACAUCCCGCCUCCCAGGCCAGGAGACAGAUGUCAUUCAGCACGUGAACGAGAGCAAGCACAUUAUGGUGUACCACAGGGGGCGCUAUUUCAAGGUGUGGAUGUUUUAUGAUGGUCGGUUGAUGUUACCCAGAGAGAUCGAGCAGCAGAUGGAACGGAUUCUGGCAGACAAGUCAGAACCUCUGCCUGGAGAAGAGAAACUAGCUGCACUCACUGCAGGAGACAGAGUGCCCUGGGCUAAGGCCCGCGAAAUGUUCUUCCGUAAAGGUAAAAAUAAGCAGUCUCUGGAUGCUGUAGAGAAGGCAGCGUUCUUUGUGACGUUGGAUGACACCGAGCAGCGUUAUGAACCUGAUAACCCUGUCCAAUCACUGGACAACUAUGCUAAAUCUCUACUCCAUGGGAAAUGCUAUGACAGAUGGUUUGAUAAGUCCUUUAACCUGAUCGUGUUUAAGAAUGGCACCAUGGGCCUGAAUGCUGAGCAUACCUGGGCCGACGCCCCCAUCGUGGGCCACCUGUGGGAGCAAGUGUUAGCUCUGGAUCCUGUGAAGCUGGGCUACACUGAGGAUGGUCACUGCAAGGGUAAAGUCCACCCUAAUUUGCCCGGACCCCUGCGCCUACAGUGGGAUAUUCCAGAAGAGUGCCAGUCAGUGAUUACCAGUUCUCUGGAGGUGGCUAAAGCCUUAGCAGAUGAUGUGGACUCCCACAUCUUUCCCUUCAACAACUUUGGCAAAGGCUUGAUCAAGAAGUGUAAGACCAGCCCAGAUGCUUUCAUCCAGAUCGCCCUACAGCUGGCCCACUUUAGGGAUAAGGGCAGGUUCUGUCUCACAUACGAGGCCUCCAUGACACGGCUGUUCCGAGAGGGCCGCACCGAAACCGUCCGCUCCUGCACCGUGGAGACCUGUGACUUCGUCCAUGCCAUGAUGGACGGAAAGCGGAGGAGAGAGGAGAAGCUAAGACUGCUGCAUGUGGCCACAGAGAAGCACCAGAUGCUCUACAGAAUGGCCAUGACGGGUAAAGGCAUCGACCGCCAUCUUUUCUGCCUCUAUGUGGUGUCCAAAUACCUGGGAGUGGACUCUCCCUUCCUCAAAGAGGUUCUGUCUGAGCCCUGGAAACUGUCUACCAGUCAGACCCCUCUCCAGCAGGUUGAGCUGUUUGAUCUGAGGAAGCACCCUGAGUAUGUCACCAGUGGAGGCGGCUUUGGCCCGGUGGCAGAUGAUGGAUAUGGAGUAUCAUAUAUCAUCUUAGGAGAGGAUCUCAUCAACUUUCACAUAUCCAGCAAACACUCCAGUCACGAGACUGACUCUCACCGGUUCGGCAGCCACAUUAGACAGGCCAUGCUGGACAUUAUGGAUCUGUUCCACUUCAACGAGAACGCUAUUAAGUGAUUAUUUAUUCUUUUCUUUCACUCCAUUCACCAAAAGGAUUUCAUUUCACUGAAAUGCUCUAAAUAUUUGAGUACUAUUCCUCCGUAGGUGUGUACAGAGGCAUGUGCAGAAGGAUUUGUUUAAAUUUAUGAUUGAUGUGACGAGAAAUGGGAAUGUAAAUAGUUUAAAUGAAGCAUGGUUGAUAUUCAUAUCCUGUUUAUUCAUGUUAUUUUAAGCUUGUGAAUGAAAGAAACUGUUUAGUGGGACUUUUUAUAAGAUAUUGCAAUAGCCUUCUUUUUUUCUUCUAGUAUUAUUUGUUAUUUCCAUUUAGGCACAGAAUGACCAUCUCAGAAACUCUGAAACCCAGAUAAAACUCCUGAAAUAUGCACAGCCUUUGUGAUUCACAGUUUUCUGACAGUAGGUGCCCUAUAUCAAUACAAUGCAAUGUUUUGGGCAUGUGAAACUACUGCAAUAUAUUGUAAGAAUGCAGUAGGGCAGAAUAAACACUAGAGGGCGAGCUUAGAUCAUGUAGCUCUUGCAACACUGACUGUGAGAUCUUCAGCCUUGUGCUUUGCGCCUUGUACUGCAGGGAUAGGCUACUUCCCUCUACAAGCCUAAAUUGGAUUAAGAGGUUUGGAAAAUGAAUGAAUGACGUGAGAUUUCUUCUGCAUGAGUUACAAUGUAUAAAUGAUGACGAUGUCUGAAGUCUUUUUUUAAGCUUAUGCCUGAUAGUCCUCACUAAAGGCUCUGUUAACUUGAUAUAGGCUGAGAAUUCUAUACUAAGCAGUUCAUUAUAGCACAUCCUUUGCAGCUUGUCAUACAAAUGUACACUUGCAAGCAUUUUCAACACAACCUGGAGAAAAGAAAAAAAAUGGUAAACUACAACCAAACAAUGUGGAACUAUUGAAGUUAUUGGCUGUGAGGUUUGUUGGUAGUUGAUGCCUAUAGGCAGCUAUAAGACAUAAAGUGCUAAAAAUUCCACUAGAGUGGUCUGCCAAGAGAGAAGGUACUUCGCCCAGAUGGGAAUGGCACCAUUUUUGUUGAAAUAAUGGGAACACAAAUAAAAAGGGCAAAAAGUUGUUUUUUUUUCCUAUAUGUUCUCUUCAGUGGCAGAAAAAUGUGUUAUUUAUUUAUUCACUAAAUCAUUUUCAGCUUGGAUUUUUAUGCUUUGGUUUAUUAAUGGAGUGCUCCUAUUCUUGGGAGCUGCUGCUCUUGUGUUCUUUAUUACUUGUUUAAAAAGAGGCCUGAAUGAAAAUAAAAUCAAUCUUAAGAAGUGUUAUUUUCACUCGAUAGUCUUCUACAUUGUAACUAGAGUAUCCACUGAAGCAGCUGGCAAA